CCUAAGGAUUGGCUGCAGACACAAACCAACUACAGUCCUCCACUCUACCAACUGAGCUAAGGUCAUACACUCAUUUAAAGAUGGUUACUCAAAAUUAAUUAAUUGAGUAAAUUAUUGAUAACUCUUAAAAAUACUUAUUUGAUACAAUUUUUUAGAUAAAAAUAUUUAUUACAUCUAGUCUAAUUGGAGGGAGAAGUGAUUUCACUUUUUCCAUACUUUUGCUUCUUCAAGGUUGUUUCAUGCGAAAUGUGACAGCUGUGACUAUAUAUGCAUCAUUGGGAGAGGAAGCUUUAUGUUACUCAUUGAAAGAGAGUACUAUUCAAGACCUUUUGGUGCAACAAGGUCUUGAUCAGGCGUUAGGAGAUGAAAGACCGACUUCUAUAAAUGAAAUUGAGUGGACUAAGAUCCAAAGGAGGGCUGUGAGCACAAUUCGGUUAGCCCUUGCUCCUAUGAUAAAACACGUGUUGAAGGAGACAAACCCGAAGGUCUUGUGGGAGAAGCUUGGAAAUAUCUAUGCAUUAAAGUCGCUAACCAAUUGCCUUUGUUUGAAGAUGAAGUUGUAUCAACUCAAAGUGCAGAUGGGAGGAGAUCUUCUUGAUCAAAUCAACAAGUUUAACUAGAUUACCAUUUAUCUUGCAUGACAAUUAUGCAGAAACAAGAGAGAAGAUGAGAGACAGAGAGAGAGAGAGUGAGAGAGAGAGACAGGGAGAGAGACACCGAGAGAGAGAGAGAGUGGAUCACUGUGAGGAACUGAAAGGUAAGGAGAGAGAGAGCGGGGGGGCAUACGGCGGCAGGUCCCAAACAACACUAUGGCGGAGUGUGGCCUGGACAGCAACACGACUACAAGCACGCAAACUGGCGUGACAGAGCCGACAUCACAUCGUUUUACUUCACUCGAUUCUCCGAGAACGUAACGGAGAAGGACCUAUGGGGUUAUUUUAAACAGCUGGGGGACGUGAGGGAGAUAUUCAUCCCUAAACAGAGAAAUAAAGAAGGCAGAAGAUAUGGGUUUGUGCGAUACAAAGGAGUUUCAAAUGCGAGUUACCUGGAAAGACAGCUAGAUAAUAUCAUUGUGGGGGGACUGAAAUUGCAUGUGAACAUCCCAAAGUAUGGGAGAGGAAAGGAGAAGCCAGAUCAAAACAUAGCUAUGCACGGGUGGCGGAAGGAAGGUGGAAACCAAAGGGGCAGGAUGGAAGCAGGUCCAAACAUGAGGAGGUCGUACGCAGAGGUUGUAAUCUCAAAUACAGUCAACCUGGGACGACUACGAAGCACCCCUUCUUUCUCGGGGGAACACGGGGGCUCUCAUUCGACGGUCACAAUCGAGAUUUCGGAGGAAUCGAGGAGAAAAUACACAGACACAUGGGUAGGCCGAUUGAAAAGACAACAAGUUUUCGAACGAGUUGAAGACGAACUUUCAUGGAUUCUAGGAACAGAGGUAUCGCCCAAAUACCUCGGAGAUGACAUGGUCCUCUUGAUCGGACUUUCAGACACAAAAGCACAGGAGAUGAUGAGGGAAGAAGCAAAUCAUGGCACAUCAACAUUCUACGCCAUGGAGAAAAGGAACUCGAAUAUUAAGCCAGGCAAUAGAUUGAUAUGGGUGCAGUGUUGGGGUGUCCCCUUAGUUGCCUGGAACAUCGACAAUCUACGCAAAAUCGUGGCUGCAGUGGGUGAUUUGGUUGAGGUUGAUGACAAUUUUGAAGACAUGCAGCGGCUUGACAGAGCACGGGCCUUGAUUAGAACACCACGGAGACUGAUACUAGAGCACACGGUAACUGCUCACAUUGACGGCGACAUCCAUAAAAUUUUCAUUGCCGAGGAGAGCGGGGGUGCAGCAAUGACCGGCAUGCAACAUCGUCGGGAUGCUUGGGGUUCCUCUGAAGAAAUUUUUUCUGAAGGAGAUUCAGGCACCUCACAGUCGAGGCUGAGCGACAUCCCUUCGCACUCUCUCGCCGCAGAAUUACACGACGAUCCCGUCUGCCGGCAAGAAAGGGCAAUAACCGCAGGUCAAAAGGAGACCGUUGACUCAAUGGGUAAUAUCCAGAGCAGCAGCGCAUGCAGACCUAACGUCGUACUGCACCACCUACGAGCCGAGAAUGGAAUGAAGACUCACCUUGAAGAUAGCCACCUGACACAAGCAGGAGCUGGAUACGAUGAAGGAGGAAGUCAACAUGCAAGAGCAGCAGAUACGAUUACACUAAAAGGGAAAGCUAUCUCAGGCACGUUAUUGGCCAGCACAGACGAGAGCCAAGAAUGGGGGGCAGAUGUGGUUCACGAAAGAAAAGAGGGAGAAAGUACUAAUAAUCCCAACAACGGGCCAUUGCAGGACAUUUUAAAUAAGUCACGUGAUGUUAACGUGACCUUAUUUGGGCCUAACUCAAACUUGGGCCCUCACAGACCUUCGACUCCCGAGAACCAGCUAGAAGACCAACAAAAUCAACCUGAAAGUGUUAUACAAGUUUACUCAAGGAAAAAAGGAGGUACAAAGAGAUGGGCCCAGGGUAGAUGUAGAGAUCCAUGUCAUGAGGAGUGCAAAGAUGGGGAUGGGCAGUCACAAACAGCAUUGGGCAAGGAAGGAAAAAAUACCAGUGUGAACAAUCUUAGCGGCGGAAACAGUAUGAUGGACCCAAAUGUUUUCGAGACACAACCCCAAGAUGGGGGAGCAUUGCAAAUUGGGGAUGAAGAUAUAGCAAGCCUGCAUGCAGAAGCAAAAGCUCAAUGGGACAUGGCGAAUCAAUUGGGGAUGUCUUGCGGGACUGACCCAACAAAAAUCAUUGAUAAAAUUGCAGAAAUGGAGGUUAGAGAUAGGAAGGAAGCUGAAACGUUGGGAAAGAGGAACAAUUCAUCAUGAAUAUUCUGUCCUAUAAUAUCCGUGGCCUAGGAAG